AUGGAAAAUUUGGCGUUGACGAGAAAAAAAAUUGAAGAGUUGCACUGUAGAAAGAUGGGGAAAGCCAUCGCCGAUAGAUUGAGACUUGGUGGUGGUAAGGUUGUGGAAACCUGUGAGGUAUGUUGCUAACUCUAAGAUGUGCCAACAGAAUCCCCUAAUACUAAGGACCUGCGCUGCUAAGCAGUUCUCUUAUGUUGAACUGUUUAUUCUACUCAAGAAAAAACCUAAUAAAAUCGUUGGAAAUAAGGGGGAUCUAGAAUAAUAAAAAUAAUUCAUAUUUGGCUCGUAAGCAAAAGAGUGUAAAACAAAAUUUGAGAUUCAGGGAUGAGUAACUUAUUGCCUAUUCUUUUCAGCCUCGGAGCCAUUCAAAUAUAGUCUAAAUUUAUUCAUAACAAUAAUUUUAUACUUCGAGUACAUUCAUUCCAAACGUAAAAAACUACAAUAUGUUUAUCCUCUAUCAGAAACGCCAAUUGAGGAAACUAUUCAGCGUAAAUUCGUCACAAAUUCGCCAAUUUCCUUCAUUUUAAGUUUUUGACCACGUGACAUGUCACGUGACCAUUAAUAUACGUUAACCACAAGGAGACCUGAAGAUCCACAUUAAGGAAAAGUUUCAUCUCGUUAAAGGCAUCCCAGCUACAUUUUCUGAACACGUGUCCUUUGAUCCAGGCUUCAAACCCCUUGAGAAAUGUUUUUGCACGGUUCACGGUGAUUUAUCUCCUUACUUUGAUUUGUAGAAUUUUGAGAGUGUCACGGUUAUGUUCAGCUACAUGGAUGGCUUUGAAAGCAUCUGCUCACAGGUCGGAGCUAUGGAAAUUGUGAGCCUGGUAAACAACAUGUUUGCCAUAUUCGGCAAACUGGCAGAGAAGCACGAUGUCUAUGAGGUAGUCGAGUGA